AUGAAGUCAACACACUCCCAGAAUAUACCAAAAAAGGUUGGUGGUCGACGGAUUCAGACAUACCUGGCAGUUCUUUCACUUAUCCUGUACAUCUUCACAAAGAUAUCGCCAUAUGUACAGUGGUUGGAGGCCUUUGCUGCUGUCAUCUACACAGAUACCCUGCAGUUCUUCAUCAUGAUUGGAGGAUCAUUUUACGUCAUGAUUAAAGGCUUAUAUACAGUUGGUGGAUACUCUGAGCUGCAAACCAAGUACCUAGCCUCAAUACCUGAAAAGCUGCUGUCCAACUCAACGUGUGGACUUCCUCGAGUAGAUUCAUGGAGAAUGUUGAGAGAUGCAGACACCUCUGUUAGUGACAUGCCUUGGCCAGGUUUUCUGCUUGGCCAGAUACCUGCUUCCAUUUGGUACUGGUGUGCAGACCAAGUGUUCUCUGCAUCUGGUAACACUUUGUUAUGUGAAGUGAACAAGAACAUCUUCUGUUAA